AUGCCCGAGGGUAAUAGAUCAACAACCACCUCUGCCAUGGCCACAAUGGGCGCUGUCACUCCUUAUGGGCAGUUGGUUCGGACUGCGGCCCGGACUCGUGUUUCCUGCAUCCCCCGAAGAACAUUGACCUCGAGCGCCAUCUGCCGUGCCCCAAACGACAAUGACGGUGCCAACCAGAAACAGAGCUCUGGAAUUUUGUCCUCUAUGAAGGAUUGGGUCCUUGGUAGCUCUAAACCCAAGGUGACGCGCACACCUUCCGCUCCCAAGCCCCAGGAAGGUGGCCUCGGUGCCAGCUCUAUCUUCGCCGACGACGUGGCCACCCCGUCCGGCCCCAAACCCAGCAAGCAGAAGAAACAGAUACAAGACGAGCAAGAUCAAGAACCGACCUCCGUAUUGCUAGAGGAACGGGAACGGGACAACCUGCAAAUGGCGCUGAACCCCAACCCGCGGGCCCAGAUACGGUGGGAAAAGAAGAUGGUGAUCCGCGAGAUCCGAAAACGCGGCCGCAUUCCGAAGGAAGUCCAGAUCAAGCGCACAGAACGUGAAUCGCUCUCCAAGUCACACUGGUUCAAGACAUCUGUGAAGAAGCUGGGUCCGCUCGCCCGGCAGAUCGCGGGCAAGAAUAUCGACGAGGCCAUCCUACAGAUGCGCUUCAGCAAGAAGAAGGCCGCACAGGAUAUCCUGGGACACCUGGAGCACGCAAAGAACGUCGCCAUGGUCCGUGCCGGCAUGGGCCUGCCGGACCCCAACGGCGAAAGCCCCAAGCCAAUUACUGUCACCUUGAAGUCAGGUGAGCGCAAGAAGAUCGCCGAUCCGACUGCGAUUUAUAUCCAACAGGCAUGGGUUAACCGUGGUCCGUACGGCUUCGGCAUGGACCACCGCGCUCGUGGCCAGAUCAACCGACUGCGGCCCCCAGCGACUGGUCUGACCGUCUUGCUGAAGGAAGAGAAGACCCGGAUUCGGGAGUGGGAGGAUCGGGAGGCGAAGGAGCUGCGGAAACGCAAGGCUCAGCUUUGGACCCAGCUCCCAGACCGCAAGGUUAUUGCUCAGAACCAAUACUACAGUUGGUGA